AUGUUAACUCUCUACGGUCAAGAAAGCUCGCCGGACCGCACCAGCCGGGAUGAGACGCCGGAGACUGUCGUGAGAGACAUCCACGCACUUACUCCGGCGUCUACGACGGUGUUGCCACCACCUCCUGCCUUGCGAGGCUAUUUUUCUCCAACUAGGUCGACGACUACUUCCAUAAGCGAAGGAGCCUCUUCAGGUGAAAACUUCACAACCAUAAGUAGAGAGUUCAACGCUCUAGUCAUCGCCGGCUCAUCCAUGGGAAACAACAACGAACCAACGGCUCGUGAAGGUGAUCAGGAUUUGAUGAGGAGUAUCCACGAGGAGAGGGAAGAUGAGGAGAUGAACCCAUUAGCCAUCGUGCCGGAGCAGUAUCCGGAUUCGGGUUUGGAUCAUGGAAGUGGGAAUGAGUCGGGUCAGGUUCAGGGUCGAGCUGGGAUGACGUCGGUACAAAGGGUGAAGAGGGAAGAGGUGGAAGCUAAGAUAACGGCAUGGCAGACGGCAAAGCUGGCUAAGAUUAAUAACAGGUUUAAGAGAGAAGACGCCGUUAUUAAUGGUCGGGUUAACGAGCAAGUCCAUAAGGCUAAUUCUUGGAUGAAGAAAAUAGAGAGGAAGCUAGAGGAGAGAAAGGCGAAGGCGAUGGAGAAAACACAGAACCAAGUGGCGAGAGCGCAGAGGAAAGCGGAGGAGAGGAGAGCAACGGCGGAGGCGAAGAGAGGAACGGAGGUUGCAAAAGUUGUAGAAGUUGCUAAUCUCAUGAGAGCCGUUGGUCGUCCUCCUUCCAAACGCUCUUUCUUCUCUUUCUCUUCCUAG